UCAACAAGGCCCAGCUGUCUGUACACAAACAUACUGGAGUCGUUUUCAUAAGGUGAAACAGACUGGUGUGGACAAUCAUCAUGACAAAUGGGCAUAUGCUGUACGACCUUGACCUGACCUGUCCUGUAUAGCUGAUGCACAUACUUAGAUGACCUUACCUGAGGUUAGGUUAGGUUAGGUGGAGUGGGUUGGGAGCGGAGAAUCUUCAGAUUGACACUCUGGUGGGGAGGUUGUUCAAGUGGUCUGAAGAUAAUUAUUAGUUUGCAGAAGCUCAUGACCAACUACAAUGCAGGCUGCUAGUGCAGUUCAUGUCUCAGAAGCCUGGUGGACUGAAGCUUGCAAAAAAAUAAAAAAUUCUGUCGUGUUUGUCGACAAUAACACAGCAGAAUGUCUUCACUGGAGUGGAGGACUCACGAGAUUGGUUAAUGCAGGAGCAAAAAAUGUGAAGGAAUUUUCAUCUUUUGAGAGAGGAAACAAGGAUGACAUGAAGGCGGCCUUCAUGGUGAGCACCGCCAUUAGGGACACGACCGCCACCAUAUUACAAGACAUCAUUAAGGCCUCCAGUUUUCAGUAUUGCAUCGUCAUCACAUGUGCCCAUCCCAACGUCCAUGCGUAUGCCCGCUACGGUGGACGAGAAGUAGAUGAAGCCGUCUUGAUGAAUGAACUGGAACAAGAUGUCUUGGCCUGGAUGGGCAACAUGAAUUACACCGCGGAGAUAUUUUACCUACCUCUGGUUGUGGCACCAUAUUCAGAAAAUUUAUUCUUUAUGCCACCAUUUUCCACAUUGUAUCCACUACUCAACUCAGAUGUUAGAAGAAUAUCCAAGCUGCAGCAGGCAUGUGGAAAAGGGGAUAAAAUUAAACCAGUGGAAAAUCUUGGUGAAGUCGAGUUUCACCAUCUUCCCAAUGAGAUGCGAAUAAUGGUCCGUCAAUUUGUCGUGUGCCUUCAUAGCCUUCUACAGGGAAUGAAUGCCAGAGAUGAAAUAUACACCAUUGGACACACGUCUCGUAUUAUCGGAACUGAACUUGAUGCUUUCACCCCAGCUAGACAGAGAAGGAAGAUGGCUGCUAACAAAGUAUCGGUGGUGUUAGUCGACCGAACUUUGGACCUGGUGAGCGCAUCCAGUCAUGGAGGGGAGACUCUGAUGGGCAGGAUCUUGUCUCUCUUGCCGCGUCUGUAUGGUCAUCAGCUGGACUCCGCAGUAAACAUGUCUCCUUUGUGCGAGGUUCACCCGUCGAGUGAGUGGACACUGGUGCCGGGUUGCUUGGCCCCACAAGGGAAAGAAGACAGAGCUUCAGCUGUUCUGAAUGCCUUGGUUUUGUCAACAGGAAAGGAGGCUCUUUCCCUCAUAAACAAGAAUGUACUGGAAGUAGCUAGUCGUAAAGACAUUGGGGAUGGAACCAGUGUAAAGGAAACUCGAGUCACACCUGAAAAUGUGAAGAUAAAUAUUCAUCAGUUUGCCUCAAAUAUUGAUGCCUUCACAGAAAAUGCUGGUUUAUUGCAGCAAGGUCUUUGUGCGGUGGAGGCACUGAGUCAUCCCCGCUUUGUUCACCUUGACCAGUUGCUGAGUUUAGAGAAACGUCUCAUGCAGUCUAUUGGAGACCCAGAGGAAACGCUUCCCUUUACACAGAUCUUCCAGUUACUCAAAACUCGAGGAACACACGGUGUGUCACUGGAUGACAUACUGACUCUGAUGGUGUACGUGGCCUCACUAGGGGGUCCCGAGGUAUUCUCACAGAAGGAUGAAUACGCUCUUACCAACCGUCUUUCUCAUGCUAUUGUUGAGGAUAAGAAGAUGCUCUCUGAUAAUUUACUUCAGCUAAUUGGUGAAGAAGUAGAUGAAGUAUCAGCUUUAAGGACUGCUCAGGGUGUGGCCGACCAACUUCAUGCAAUUGCCAGCACGAGGGACCAUUUAAAGAAUUAUAAGCACUUGCACAUCCCUGGAGACAGCGCCCAGCCAGCCUCAUACCAGAGUCUCCUGCAGAAGUUAGUGUAUGACUGCCUCACUGCUCCCCAAGCUGAGAUUACUGACCUGGAGUACAAGUCUGCUGGUUUCAAAGACCUUAUAAAGACUGGAUUUAGCUUAUUUGUUAAUGUAAGCAAGCCAAUGCCACGAGACGCACCCAUAAUGCUGGUCUACAUCAUUGGAGGCGUGACUCCCGGAGAGGUGCGUGAGAUUAGGCAAAUUGUAACGGCGGUGAAUCCUCCGUGUGAAGUAAUUGUUGCUUCCUCACAUUUUGCACACCCUAAUGAUACUGUUGUUAAAGCUCUACAGCCUAAUCUAUACCUUAAAGAGGCUUAGUUUCAAUAUUAUAUUCCUAGAGGUUUUAUGAUAAUGAUCACAUGUACACAUUCCUGGCUACACCAGUUGGUAAGAUCUUGCAUUUCAAUACAAGGGUUGGAUGUGAGUUGGCAGUUACUUACGAUUGUUAUGUUUUUGGAGAUAUUGGUUAUUUAUUAUAUAUCAUUAUUAUGCUCAGUAUUGUUUGUUACCACUGUACCAAAUCUACAAAAUAAAAUAGCACCUUUU